CCAGUGUUACUGGUUUAGCUCUCAGACUCCAGAAGAUGAAGGAAGAGGAGGAAGAGGAGGACGGAGCAGAGUCUCUAAUAUCCAGCUGUCUGUCUAUGAAGAGUGACGACUCCAAAGGUUUACCUCCAGUCUUCAGUAAUGAACCUGGACCCUCAGACACAAAACUCCAGAAGAUGAAGGAAGAGGAUGAAGAGGAGGACGGAGCAGAGUCUCUAAUAUCCAGCUGUCUGUCUAUGAAGAGUGACGACUCCAAAGGUUUACCUCCAUUCUUCAGUAAUGAACCUGGACCCUCAGACACAAAACAGAGAGCAGAGUCUCUAAUAUCCAGCUGUCUGUCUAUGAAGAGUAACCGGUCUAAAGAUCGUGAUCCUACCUUCAGUAAUGAACCUGGACCCUCAGACACAAAAGAGAGGAAGAGGAGGACUGUUUCUGUGGAGGAGCAGCUGUCCUGCUGACACUCCUCCUGUCCCCAGUGUGGAGAAAGAUCCAGAACCAGACCUGGACUGCAGACAGACAGUCAGACCAGCACUGUACAAACAGAAAGUGGUCUGCAGGAGGUUUUAGAUGAACAUCAGAUCAGUCUGAGCAGCAGAUGGGAACGUGUGACUGAUGAAGCAGGAAAUGAAAUCCUCCUCAUCAGCAUCUACACUGAGGUCCACAUCAUAGAGGGACUGAGUGAAGAGGUUAAUACCCAACAUGAAGUGAGGCAGCUUGAAACAGUUUUCAAGAUGAAGACCCUCCAUGACGCUCCAAUCAAGUGUCAGGACAUCUUUAAAGUCUUACCUGACCAACAGAAACACAUCAGAGUCGUUAUGAUGAACGGCGUCGCUGGUGUUGGAAAAACCUUCACAGUGCAGAAGUUCACUCUGGACUGGGCACAGCGCUCCAAAAACCAAGAUAUCAGUCUGCUGAUUAUGUUCUCGUUCAGGGCGCUGAACUUUUUCAAAGAUGAGCAGUACAGUCUGCUCAUGCUGAUCCAUGUUUUCUAUCCAACAUUACAGAAGCUCACAGCAGAGAAGCUCGCUGUCUGUAAAGUUUUGUUCAUCUUUGACGGCCUGGAUGAAAGCAGACUUUCACUGGAUUUCAACAACAGUGAGGUCGUGUCUGAUGUCACACAGAAGUCAUCAGUCAGCGUGCUGCUGACAAACCUGAUCAUGGGGAAGCUGCUUCCAUCGGCUCUCAUCUGGAUAACUUCCCGACCUGCAGCAACCAAUCAGAUCCCUUCUUCAUGUGUUAGCAGGGUAACAGAAGUACGAGGCUUCACUGAUGACCAGAAGGAGGAGUACUUCAUGAAGAGAUUCAGUGAUGAAGAGCAGUCCAGCACAAUCAUCUCACACAUCAAGACAUCCAGGAGCCUCUACAUCAUGUGUCACAUCCCAGUCUUCUGCUGGAUCACUGCUACAGUUCUGAAGGACAUGUUGACUACAGACCAGAGAGGAGAGCUGCCCAAGACCCUGACUGACCUGUACUCACACUUCCUGCUGGUUCAGACAAAGAGGAAGAAGAACAAGUAUGAUGAAAGAAAAGUGAAGAGUCCACAGGAGCUGACGGAGGCUGACAGUGAACUUCUUCUGAAGCUGGGGAGGCUGGCGUUUGAACAACUGGAGAAAGGAAACAUCCUGUUCUACCAAGAAGACCUGGAGCAGUGUGGUCUUGAUGUCACAGAGGCCUUGGUGUUAUCAGGAUUUUGUACAGAGAUCCUCAAAAGAGAGAGUGUGAUCUUCCAGAAAUCAGUCUACAGCUUUGUUCAUCUGAGCGUUCAGGAGUUUCUGGCUGCAGUCUACAUGUACCACUGUUACACCAGCAGCAACACAGAGGUACUGAAGAACUUCCUGAAAGAAGACAACAAACACAAAGAAUCUGGACCAAAGACUUUCCUCAAGAAGCUGUCUGCUUAUUUCAGAAACAGUGAUACCCAUGAACCACCUGACAGUAAGCAUGAUAGCUCAUCUCUGGAGGUUUUCCUGAAGGGAGUCAUGAAGAAAUCUCUCAGAAGUAAAAAUGGCCACCUGGACCUGUUUGUCCGCUUCCUUCAUGGCCUCUCUCUGGAGUCCAACCAGAGUCUCUUAGGAAGCCUGCUGGGUCAGACAGAGAACAGUCCAGAAACCAUCCAGAGAGUCAUCAACAACCUGAAGGAGAUGAACAGUGGUGAUAUCUCUCCUGACAGAAUCAUCAACAUCUUCCACUGUCUGAUGGAGAUGAACGACCGCUCAGUACAUCAGGAGAUCCAAGAGUUCCUGAAGUCAGGGAACAGAUCAGAGAAACUCUCUGAGGUCCAGUGCUCAGCUCUGGCCUACAUGCUGCAGAUGUCAGAGGAGGUUCUGGAUGAGUUGGACCUGAAGAAGUACAACACAUCGAAGGAAGGACGACGGAGACUGAUCCCAGCUGUGAGGAACUGCAGAAAGGCUCAACUUUCUGGCUGUGGACUCUCAGAGUCUCACUGUGAAGUUGUGGCCUCAGCUCUGAAGUCCAACCCUCAUCUGACAGAUCUGGACCUGAGUAACAACAGACUGUCUGAUUCAGCAGCGAAGCUUCUCUCUGCUGGACUGGAGAGUCCAAACUGUAAACUGAAGACUCUGAGGUUGAUGGACUGCAGUUUGUCAGAGAUCAGCUGUGCUUCUCUGGUCUCAGCUGUGAAGUCCAACCCCUCCGUUCUGAGAGUGCUGGGUCUGAAAGGAAACAAGCUGCAGGAUUCAGUAAUGAAGCUACUAUGUGAUUUCCUGAAGAGUCCAGACUGCAGACUGGAGGCUCUGGGGUUGAAGGACUGCAGUUUGUCAGAGAUCAGCUGUGCUUCUCUGGUCUCAGCUCUGAAGUCCAACCCCUCCCAUCUGAGAGAGCUGAGUCUGAGUAACAACAAGCUGCAGGAUUCAGUAAUGAAGCUUCUGAGUGAUUUCCUGAAGAGUCCAGACUGCAGACUGGAGACUCUGGGGUUGGAGGACUGCAGUUUGUCAGAGAUCAGCUGUGCUUCUCUGGUCUCAGCUCUGAAGUCCAACCCCUCCCUUCUGAGAGGGCUGGUUCUGAGUAACAACAAGCUGCAGGAUUCAGUAAUGAAGCUACUGGGUGAUUUCCUGAAGAGUCCAGACUGCAGACUGGAGGCUCUGGGGUUGAAGGACUGUAGUUUGUCAGAGAUCAGCUGUGUUUCUCUGGUCUCAGCUCUGAAGUCCAACCCAUCACAUCUGAAGCUGCUGAAUCUGAGUAACAACAAGCUGCAUGAUUCAGUAAUGGAGCUACUUUGUGACUUUCUUGAGAGUCCAGACUGCAGACUGGACAAUCUGGAAUUGGAGGACGGCAGUUUGUCAGAGAUCAGCUGUGCUUCUUUGGUCUCAGCUCUGAAGUCUAACCCCUCCCAUCUGAGAAAGCUGUUUCUGGGAGGAAACAAGCUGCAGGAUUCAGUAAUGAAGCUGCUGUGUGACUUUAUUAAGAGUCCAGACUGUAGACUGGAGGAUCUGAGGUUGGAUAGCUGCAGUUUGUCAGAGAUCAGCUGUGCUUCUCUGGUCUCAGCUGUGAAGUCCAACCCCUCCCAUCUGAGAGAGCUGCAUCUGGGAGGAAACAAGCUGCAGGAUUCAGGGAUGAAACUACUGUGUGACUUUCUGGAGAGUCCAGACUGCAGACUGGAGGAUCUGAGAGUGUGGAAGUGCAGUUUGUCAGAGAUCAGCUGUGUUUCUCUGGUCUCAGCUCUGAAGUCCAACCCCUCCCAUCUGAGAGAGCUGUAUCUGAGUAACAACAAGCUGCAGGAUUCAGGAGUGAAGCUUCUGUGUGACUUUCUGGAGAGUCCAGACUGCAGACUGGAGGAACUGGGGUUGGCGGACUGCGGUUUGUCAAAGACCAGCUGUGCUUCUCUGGUCUCAGCUCUGAAGUCCAACCCCUCCCAUCUGAGAGAGCUGGAUCUGAGUGAAAACAACCUGAAGGAUUCAGACAUGAAGCAGCUGUCUGAUCUUCAGAAGAGUCCAGACUGCAGACUGGAGACUCUGAGUUUGAAGGACUGCAGUUUGUCAGAGAUCAGCUGUGUUUCUCUGGUCUCAGCUCUGAAGUCCAACCCCUCCCAUCUGAGAGGGCUGGUUCUGAGUAACAACAAGCUGCAGGAUUCAGUAAUGAAGCUACUGUGUGACUUUCUGGAGAGUCCAGACUGCAGACUGAAGACUCUGGGAUUGGAGGACUGCAGUUUGUCAGAGAUCAGCUGUGCUUCUCUGGUCUCAGCUCUGAAGUCCAACCCCUCCCAUCUGAAGCUUCUUAAUCUGUGUAACAACAAGCUGCAGGAUUCAGUAAUGAAGCUUCUGUGUGAUUUUCUUGAGAGUCCAGACUGUAAACUGGAGGAUUUGGAAUUGGAGGACUGCAGUUUGUCAGAGAUCAGCUGUGAUUCUCUGGUCUCAGCUCUGAAGUCCAACCCAUCACAUCUGAGAGAGCUGAAUCUGGGAGGAAACAAGCUGCAGGAUUCAGGGAUGAAACUACUGUGUGACUUUAUUAAGAGUCCAGACUGCAGACUGGAGGCUCUGAUGUUGGAUAGCUGCAGUUUGUCAGAGAUCAGCUGUGCUUCUCUGGUCUCAGCUGUGAAGUCUAACCCCUCCCAUCUGAGAGAGCUGAUUCUGGGAGGAAACAAGCUGCAGGAUUCAGGGAUGAAACUACUGUGUGACUUUCUGGAGAGUCCAGACUGCAGACUGGAGGAUCUGAGAGUGUGGCGCUGCAGUUUGUCAGAGAUCAGCUGUGCUUCUCUGGUCUCAGCUCUGAAGUCCAACCCCUCCCAUCUGAGAGAGUUGCAUCUAUGGGGAAACAAGCUGCAGGAUUCAGGAGUGGAUCUACUGUGUGACUUUCUGAAGAGUCCAGACUGCAGACUGGAGGGUCUUGGGUUGAAGGACUGCAGUUUGUCAGAGAUCAGCUGUGCUUCUCUGGUCUCAGCUCUGAAAUCUAACCCAUCACAUCUGAAGCUGCUGAAUCUGAGUAACAACAAGCUGCAGGAUUCAGGGAUGAAGCUUCUGUGUGACUUUCUUGAGAGUCCAGACUGUAAACUGGAGGAUUUGGAAUUGGAGGACUGCAGUUUGUCAGAGAUCAGCUGUGUUUCUUUGGUCUCAGCUCUGAAGUCUAACCCAUCACAUCUGAGAGUGCUGAUUCUGGGAGGAAACAAGCUGCAGGAUUCAGGAAUGAAACUACUGUGUGACUUUAUUAAGAGUCCAGACUGUAGACUGGAAGAACUGAGGUUGCAGGACUGCAGUUUGUCAGAGAUCAGCUGUGCUUCUCUGGUCUCAGCUGUGAAGUCUAACCCCUCCCAUUUGAGAGAGCUGAUUCUGGGAGGAAACAAGCUGCAGGAUUCAGGGAUGAAACUACUGUGUGACUUUCUGGAGAGUCCAGACUGCAGACUGGAGGAUCUGAGUUUGAAGGACUGCAGUUUGUCAGAGAUCAGCUGUGCUUCUCUGGUCUCAGCUGUGAAGUCCAACCCCUCCCUUCUGAGAGGGCUGGUUCUGAGUAACAACAAGCUGCAUGAUUCAGUAAUGAAGCUACUAUGUGAUUUCCUGAAGAGUCCAGACUGCAGACUGGAGGCUCUGGCAUUGCAGGACUGCAGUUUGUCAGAGAUCAGCUGUGUUUCUUUGGUCUCAGCUCUGAAGUCUAACCCAUCACAUCUGAGAAUGCUGAUUCUGGGAGGAAACAAGCUGCAGGAUUCAGGGAUGAAACUACUGUGUGACUUUAUUGAGAGUCCAGACUGCAGACUGGAGGAUCUGAGGUUGAAUAGAUGCAGUUUGUCAGAGAUCAGCUGUGCUUCUCUGGUCUCAGCUCUGAAGUCUAACCCCUCACAUCUGAGACAGCUGAAUCUGGGAGGAAACAAGCUGCAGGAUUCAGGGAUGAAACUACUGUGUGACUUUCUGGAGAGUCCAGACUGCAGACUGGAGGAUCUGGGAGUGUGGAAGUGCAGUUUGUCAGAGAUCAGCUGUGUUUCUCUGGUCUCAGCUCUGAAGUCCAACCCCUCCCAUCUGAGAGAGCUGUAUCUGAGUAACAACAAGCUGCAGGAUUCAGGAGUGAAGCUUCUGUGUGACUUUCUGGAGAGUCCAGACUGCAGACUGGAGGAACUGGGGUUGGCGGACUGCGGUUUGUCAAAGACCAGCUGUGCUUCUCUGGUCUCAGCUCUGAAGUCCAACCCCUCCCAUCUGAGAGAGCUGGAUCUGAGUGAAAACAACCUGAAGGAUUCAGACAUGAAGCAGCUGUCUGAUCUUCAGAAGAGUCCAGACUGCAGACUGGAGACUCUGAGCUGGAAGGAUUGAUGAUCUCUGUCAGAGUGAGAGUUAACAUCCAGGAGUGUUGAGAGAGGAUCAGCUGGAUCCUGAUGAUCCAUCUGGAGUCUGGAUUUGGAUUUUGUCGUCUUCACUUAAGUCUCUGAACAUCAGCUGUUUGAUGCAGAGAAGAUAAAGUAAAUCAGGUGUUAUAAGUCAGACUCUGAGCCUGGGCUCAUAUUGAUCAAGCGUCUCAGAAUCACACUGAGAGUUAACGAGGACUAAAACUAAUGAAUGAAGCAGAAGAGAAUUGACUGUGACUUUCAGCAGAAGAAGGAUUACUGCUGGGAGAGAGUGAGACGUCGCUGUUUUACCACAGUCAGAGCAGCAAAGUAGAAAUAAUGAUGACGUGUUGUAGUUUUCUCACAGUCUCAGCUGGAAACAUUAAUCAGUGGUAAUUUGGUAUAUUAUGUGUAUAGACAGGUAACCAGACAGGUAACUUACCAAGGUUAUGUAACAAAACUAUGAUGCCAAAAUUCAAUGUAAGAUAUUUA